UGGCAUUAAAGAAGACACUGAAGAACAUCACCUAAGAGAAUAUUUUGAACAGUAUGGGAAAAUUGAAGUGAUUGAAAUCAUGACUGACAGAGGCAGUGGCAAGAAGAGGGGCUUUGCUUUUGUAACCUUUGAUGACCAUGAUUCUGUGGAUAAGACUGUCAUUCAGAAAUAUCAUACUGUGAAUGGCCACAACUGUGAAGUAAGGAAAGCCCUGUCAAAGCAAGAGAUGGCUAGUGCUUUAUCCAGCCAAAGAGGUCGAAGUGGUUCUGGAAACUUUGGUGGUGGUCGUGGAGGUGGUUUUGGUGGGAAUGACAACUUUGGCCAUGGAGGAAACUUCAGUGGUCGAGGCGGCUUUGGUGGCAGCCGUGGUGGUGGUGGAUAUGGUGGCAGUGGGGAUGGAUACAAUGGAUUUGGUAAUGAUGGAAGCAAUUUUGGAAGUGGUGGAAGCUACAAUGAUUUUAGCAAUUACAACAAUCAGUCUUCAAAUUUUGGACCCAUGAAGGGUGGAAAUUUUGGAGGCAGAAGCUCUGGCCCCUAUGGUGGUGGAGGCCAAUACUUUGCCAAACCACGAAACCAAGGUAGCUAUUGUGGUUCCAGUAGCAGCAGGAGCUAUGGCAGUGGCAGAAGGUUUUAAUUAUUCCCAGGAAAUAAAGCUUAGCAGAAGUGGAGAGCCAGAGAAGUGACAGGGAAGCUACAGGUUACAACAGAUUUGUGAACUCAGCCAAGCACAGUGGUAGCAGGGCCUAGCUGCUGCAAAGAAGACAUGUUUUAGACAAUACUCAUGUGUAUGGGCAAAAAACUCGAGGACUGUAUUUGUGACUAAUUGUAUAACAGGUUAUUUUAGUUUCUGUUCUGUGUAAAGUGUAAAGUAUUUCAACAAAGGGUUUUAAUGUAGAUUUUUUUUUGCACCCAUGCUAUUGAUUGCUAAAUGUAAUAGUCUGAUCAUGAUGCUGAAUAAAUUCAUCUU